CAAACUUUAGACCAUACAAAAACGAAUAAUGUACCGCUAGUACGAUGGUUAGGUUAUGUUAGGGUUGUUUGUAAUAUAAAAUCAACAUUUACAUUACAUUCAGAAAAUUAACAUAUUAAAAUAAUUUCAAUGGAGGAACAAGCAAAUGCAGGAGCACCACCAGGUAUGGGUCCUCCACCCAGUUUUGGACCUCCAGGCACUCAGGGAUGGCCUAAUGAUGAGUUUUCUCCACUAGGACCGCCUCCAACUAUGGAACAAUCUUCACCAGUAAAUGAGAAACAACUACCUUCCUUAUUAACUUUAAAGGUGGAUCCCCCUGAACAGUUAACAGAAAAUGCAUCUGAAGUGGUUUUACCACAAGCUUUAGAAGAUGUAUUGGCUUUAAAAAAUCAAAGACAACUGGAGCUUGGAACUGAAAUUGAUGUAAAUAAUGAAAAUCAACAGCAUCAAAAUAAGGAAUCUGAACGAGAACCUUUGUGGGAAAAAGAUGAUAAUGUGGAUACAGUAAUAGAUACUGAAGUAGAACCACUGAAACAACAAAAGGAAAAAGAAAUCAAAGAUAAAGUUAGUAAAAAUAAGAAGAAAAAAAGAAGAAAAAAGAACAGGAAAAACAGAGAAAAUGAGGAAAAGAAGGAAAGGGAAAAGAGUAACGAAGAUAAAGAUAAAGAAGCUGGUACGGAAAAUGACCUACAAGAUGUUGAAAUAGAAUAUGUACAAGAAACGAUUGGGUUACACGAACUGGCUCCUCAGUAUAGGCAAUUUUAUAGUAUUUUUGAAUCAUUCAAAAUAUCUGAACAAAAAGCUGACAUUGCUCCCCCGACACUUGCAAUGCCCACAUCAUUGUCCAGUAAAACAGCUCUAGCAAAUGAUGAUUUUGAAGAUGCUGAUGAAUCAGAAGAUAAAAAAUAUGAGGAUAAAACAAAAUUAUCUAAAAGGAAGUUGAAGAAAUUAACUAGGUUAAGUGUAGCAGAAUUAAAACAACUAGUACAAAGACCGGAUGUUGUAGAGAUGCACGAUGUCACCGCUAGAGAUCCUAAAUUGUUAGUUCAGUUGAAAGCACAUAGGAAUACCGUCCAGGUUCCAAGGCAUUGGUGUUUUAAACGUAAAUACUUGCAAGGAAAAAGAGGAAUAGAAAAGCCGCCCUUUAAUCUUCCAGAUUUUAUUAAGAAAACCGGUAUUAUGGAAAUGAGAGCAUCAUUACAAGAUAAGGAUGAAUCCAAAACGUUGAAAGCUAAAAUGCGCGAAAGAACCAGACCUAAACUCGGAAAAAUUGAUAUCGAUUACCAAAAACUCCAUGAUGCUUUUUUCAAGUGGCAAACAAAACCAAAGAUGACAAUCCAUGGUGACCUAUAUUAUGAAGGAAAAGAAUUUGAAACUAGACUAAAAGAAAAGAAACCUGGUGAUCUCAGUGAAGAACUAAGGACUGCUCUUGGUAUGCCCGUUGGUCCAAAUGCUCACAAGGUACCUCCGCCAUGGUUGAUUGCUAUGCAACGUUAUGGGCCUCCACCGAGCUAUCCCAAUUUGAAAAUUCCCGGAUUAAAUGCUCCUAUUCCAGAAGGGUGCGCAUUCGGAUAUCAUGCAGGUGGUUGGGGUAAACCUCCCGUUGAUGAAAAUGGUAAACCAUUAUAUGGUGAUGUAUUUGGCACAAACACAAAUAACAUCGAUGAUAUUGGGGAAGAUCCGAAUAUAGAUAGAUCUCUAUGGGGAGCAUUAGAAUCCGAAUCUGAGGAAGAAAGUGAGGAAGAGGAGGAAGAAGAGGAGAAAGAAGCACCAGCUCCUGAUGAGUCUGGUCUUGUAACACCAGCUGAAGGUCUAGUUACACCAAGCGGCAUUUCCAGUAUACCAGCAGGAAUGGAAACACCUGAAACAAUCGAACUAAGAAAGAAAAAGAUUGAAAAUGAAAUGGAAGGCAAUGAAACUCCAGUCUUAUAUCACAUCAUUCCUGAAAAACGUAAUGAGAGAAUUGGAAAUGCCAUGAUGGCGAGUGCUCACACUUACGAUAUGACCAACGUAGGCACUGUAGGAGCUCCAAUAAGCAAAAGAACCACAGAUCGUGAAGGUAUGGUCGAAUUGGCGCUUGAUCCUUCGGAAUUGGAUAUGGAUAGUGAUGCUAUGGCUGUAAGAUAUGAACAGCAGAUGAGGGAAAACCAGAGUCAAUUACAAAAAGAAGAUCUAAGCGAUAUGUUAGCAGAACAUGUUGCGAAACAAAAGAGUAAGAGAAAGCGACAACAGCAAGAUACAAAACAAACGAAGAAAUACAAGGAAUUCAAAUUUUAAGGUUUUGUACAUUUUUUGUGUUGUGGGGCUCUUAACAACAUUAUUUGUAGAUUUUAAUGAUCCAAUAAAUAUAAUGAGUGGUAAAAUUUUAUUUCUAAAUCAA